AUGGGCCAAGGGGCGUCUCAGCCUGUAGAUGAGGGGGGGCUCCCUAUCGAGUCCUCCGACGAUCUCAAACCCAAGGAGAAGAAAUCGCAUAAGAAAUCUUCGAAAUCUUCCAAGAAAGCAAAGUCCCACGCGAAAUCGACCGACGAGUCAGCAACGAAGCGGAAACGGAAAUCUCACGAUCAUGACAAGGAUUCUGUCGCGCCGGUGCCGACUACACCUCCCGUUCGCGUUGAUCAAACCUCCCGUCCUGUGAAGCGCAAGAAGACGCGCGAGGAGGACAGUACGGAAAUAGAAGUGCCUAAUUCCGAUGAUUUCAAGCCAGACAAGACGGCUCUGGAGACGGACGAGAAGACGGACGAGCAACCAGCUCCCAGGUCCCCUGCGACUGUCCGAUCCCCCGCUGAAGGAAAGCACCACCACGGCUCCUCGAAACGUGCUAGCAAGUCCGAAAAGACGCCUAGUCCUACAGAAGAGGAGGAACCAUAUUCGGAGUCUGAGCAGAGCUCAGAGGAUGAAAAGAGAGAACAGUCUUCAAUGCCUAGCGCACGACGUCAGCGAAUCACGCGACGAGAGGACAAACGGUAUUCUGAAAAGGGCCGGGUAGUGGGACACUUCCAUCCGGAAGAAAUCCAGCAGAUCGAAAAGUUUAAGAUCGAAUUCUGUAACUCCUAUGGCAUCACUGGGAGCCACUUCGACGAGAUGGUCCAACACGCCGUACGAGAAAAGGAAACCCCAUUUCCUGGGGCUGAUAUCAUGCCGAAAUUGGAUUUCUGGCAGUCUAUCUACGAUGUCAUUCCCAACAGGGACCGGCGAUCGGUUUACCGAUUCAUGAGACGCCAUUUCCAGUCUUCGGAGCAGAAACCUCAUGUCUGGACGCAUGAACAGGACGACGAACUGGUCGAGCUCUUUGAGGAACACGGCCCUAAAUUCGCCUACAUAGCAAGUCUCUUGGGAAGAAACGAUGACGAUGUAGUACAGCGAUGGAAGAACCGACUGCAGCACCGGGGCACCAUGAACAGGGGACCUUGGACGGACGAAGAAACCGAUGCCUUACGCAGUGCUAUACAAGAAGCGUGGAACAGUCUGAAAGCAAACAACAACGAUGUUGGCACGGACAUCUAUGAGAUGGACGAUAAAAUGGUCGCUUGGGGUGCAGUUAGUGACAAACUCCAAAAUCGUCGUUCAAGGCAGCAAUGCGGGGAUAAAUGGCGCAAAAUCAGACGCAAGAUUCUAAUGGCACGCGGGCAGAGGAAUAGAGGUUCUCAUGGAGCUGCCAAAGAGCUGCAGCAGCAUACUAUGGGCAAAAGGUUGACAGGUCAACAUCAAGAUGACAAGGAUACUGGAAAAUAUCUGAGCAAUCCAUAUGUCUUUUCCUCUGACGAGGAUGACGACGACGAGGACCCUGAAGACGGAAAGGUUGAAACAGCUCAGUCAGACAGCGAUGAACGCCAAUCUCCUGUUCAGAAAGAAGAGAGGAAGACUCCCGCAGCUUCUUUCAUCUCCAAUUCAGUGCCAAAUGCCGAUUCGGAUGCAAACUCGGGCUCGGAAACUAGUGGAUCAAGUUCUGAAUCCGAAUCGGAAAGCGAUAAUUCAGGCUCGGAUUCAGACGAGGACGAGGAGAGCCAUACAAGUAUGGAGCCCAACGCCGUGCAGUCUACAAAGCAUAAGCAAUCGAAUGGGCAGGAAACGAAGGAAUUUAUCAAGCCUUCGGUAGCAAGCAAAUCUACACCGGCUAACGAUGACUCGCAAGGAGACAACAAAAAGGAAAAACCUGCAGAGAAGGCUAACAAUGCUACAACCACUCCCAAUAAGAACAAGUCUGUGCAGAAGAGAGAGAUCUCACCUGAAUCUUCUUCUGAAAGCGAGGAUGAUGACAGUGAAGAUGAUAAGUCCGAGUCUUCUGCUCACAGCCAAGGUUCAACUCAGAAUAAAGCACAGAGUGCGGAGCCCCAGCCCCAGCCCCAGCCGUCUGAUGUCAAUACCGACACAAGAUCAAACGCUGAGGAAAGGUCGAAUCGUUCAUCCAGUGACGAAAAUGAGGGCAGAAGCGAGAGCGAGAGCGAGAGUGAAAGUGAAGGCGAUGAUGAAAGCGAUAUGGAUUUGGACCUCCCGCUUAGACGUGAGCCAGAGAAGCCUACACCUGCACCGAAGCCGCCUUCCCAGGAGAGUGAAAGUGAGAGCGAUGAUGAAAGUGACAUGGAUUUGGACCUCCCACCUAGACGUGAGCCAGAGAAGCCCACACCUACACCGAUGCCGCCUUCCCAGGAGCAAGCGAACCCCAAGCCUCGGUUAUCCCUACUCAAGCAGUUCAAACAAGACCUCAUAAAACGGAAGUCAAAUCCCCCUGUCAAGACACCAGCACCAGCAAAGGACUCCUCGUCCUCGGAUGAAACCGAGAGCUCUAGCUCUAGCGAAAGCGACAGUUCUAGCGACAGCUCUAGUGAGGAUGAAUUGGCAAAGCCAACCAAGAUGACUUCUCCUGUUCGACCGAAGGGGCCUGCUCAGAUCCCAUCGCCUAAGAAACCCGAACCAGUUGCAAAAAGAGGAAAGUCCUCGCCUGAUGACAGUUCCAGUGAGAGUGACAGCGACAAGUCAAGUGAAGAUGAGGGGCCUGCGAAGCCUGUGAAACAGGGUGCACCGGCCGAUACCAAACCAAAGACCCAGGCUUCUCCUGUUAAGUCCACAAGCAAGCCAACCCCCAAACCGGCUUCGAACGCUAGUGAUGACUCCGAUUCCUCUUCAUCCUCAGAUGACGAGAGUGGACGUGAAAAGGAUGAGCCCAAGCCAACCAUUCCUAACAGCCAAGGCCGCCCGAUCAAGGGUCUUUCCACUUCAGCUUCUGCAUCUGACGCCUCUACUUCCGAGUCCGACUCUGCUGCAUCUGCGGAUAGCUCUGCUUCUGAUUCCGAACCUGAGCCUAAAUCCAGCUCGAAAACGAAGGUUAAACCAUCAUCCUCACCACCCAAGCGAUCCACAGACCAAAGCUCCAAGAGAAAGCGCCCCCCCACGUCCAAUUCAACCUCAACGCCAACCUCGGCGCGUGCUGUCGCCUCCCGCAAUAUCAAGCCCGAGGCCAGCGGUUCAAGCGAAUCGGAUACCAAGCCCCCAGUCAAGAAGACCAAGGUCAAGAAAAGCAUGACGCCGACUCCGAGAAAGCAGAAGAAGACUCCAGUCAAGAAAGAGCAGCGCUCGAGUGAUAGUGACAAUGGGCCUUCUAGCUCAUAG